AUGACAACCAGAAAUACCAACAAUAAGUUGCCUUCUCGAAUGGCGGCAACCGAAGAACCGCCAAGUAAAAAAACUAAAUAUUCCAAACUCCGUAAUAUAAUACCAGAAGAAGAAAUAGAUGUUGACACUGAACCAGAAUUAACUCUUCCCGUUGCGAUUAAAAAUGAAGACAUCAGAGCAAUUGAUUAUUUAUUGAAUAAAAAAAUUGACGUUAACAUUAAUCAAGAAUCUUCUUCACCAGCUCUUGAUCGAGCCGUCGAAACACAAAACUCAGAAGUAAUUAAUAAGUUAGUUGACCAUAAAGACGAUAUUGACAUUAUUAAUGAAAAUAAAACAGCUUUACAUCUUGCUGUUGAACAAAUUAACAAAGCAAUGGUUGAAAUACGUCAAAAACCUAUAAUAAAUGAAAGAAAAGUAAACUUAAGAGAUCAAGGUCAUCCGACACAUCUUAAUGUGGCCAUCAAGUCUGGUUACUUCGAGAGACUUCGACUAUUAAUAAACUCUGUUGAAGAUAUCAAAGAAAUCGUUAGUAUAUUUCAUCCACUGUAUUAUGCAGCCCAAUAUAAUGCUGUCGAAGAAGCUGAGUAUCUAAUUACCCAAGGAGCUGAUGUUGAUACUUUUAAUAAUAAUUCAUCGUCGCCAUUUUAUCAAUGCACGCCAUUAAGCGUCGCGAUUAAUUGUGGAAGUUUUGAAGUGGCUCAAUUACUAAUAAAUAACCAAGCUAGCGUUCACACUCAGACAAAAUGGGGUAAAAAACCAAUAGACUUAGCUAUUGAAAAAGGCAAUUAUCGGAUAUUUAAAUUAUUAGUUGACUCCGGAGCGACUGUGGAUUUGUCUUACCAAGAUAUAAAUCGAUCACACUGGGCAGCUUAUCAUAAUUCAUUGGAUAUCGCUGAGUAUUUAUUUUUCAUAGGAGAUGAUAUUCAUUCUAGUUGUCUCCACAGAUUGUCAGACUUUUAUCAGUAUACUCCAUUACAUGUUGCUAUUCAGCAAGGAAGUUUCGAAGUUGCUCAAUUCCUUCUUAGUAAAGGUGCCGAUGUUAACAUUUGUGGAAAAAAUGGCGAAACACCGCUUACAAUUGCCAUUGAAAAGAAGAAUUCUGAACUAUUUCAGUUACUCUUCGAUGCUGAAGCUAAAAUACAUAAUUGUCCGAAUGAAGAUUCACCUUUACAUCAAGCUGUUGCUGAAAAUAAUCAUUACGUUACGAAGUUUUUACUCGAACGUGGAUUUGAUGUUAAUGUAAUAUUCAUUGGAAUAGCUGUGGAUCAAAGUAAUUAUGAGUUGUACGAGUUGUUAUUAAAAGCUGGUGCAGAUAUUAAUAAACCUACAAAUAUGACACUCUUACAUAGAGCUGUCGGUGUAAACAAUUAUCGUAUAGCUGAUGAUUUAAUUGAACGCGGUGCAGAUGUUAACGCAAUUGAUAGAUUUGAAACUUCAAAGUACCGUGGUUGCUCACCGUUACAAAUUUCAAUUAUGAAUGAAAAUAAAGAAAUCGCAUCAUUGCUUCUUGAAAAACAGGCAAAAGUUAAUGAUAAAAAGUUUGUUAAAACUCCACUUGGUAUCGCUUGCGAGUGCGGUAAUUUUGAGUUAGUCAAGAUACUUGUCAACGCAGGCGCUGACAUUAAUCAAAUUUCUAACAAAGCGAUGCCAUUGUACUGGGCCGUUUAUAAACAAAACUAUCAAAUUGUUGAAUAUUUAAUUGAUUGUAAUGCUCAUGUUAAUAUUUUUUGUAAAGACGAAACCUUACUUUAUCACGCAGUAAUUAGAGGUCAUAUAAAAAUAGUUGAGCUUUUGCUUGAAAAUGGUGCCAAAGUAAAUGCAGUUAAUGAUUCGGGUGAAACAGCUCUUAUCGCAGCGGUUCUAGGAAAUAAUUUGGAGCUGAUGAAAAUUCUAAUCAAUGCUGGAGCUCAGGUGAAUUUACGUAACAACAAACAUCAUUUACCAUUACACCGGGCAGUUCAGCGUAGAAAUUAUAGUAUUACUCGAUAUUUAAUCGAACAAGGAGCUGAUAUUAAUAGUGUCCGCUUUAACAGUACGCCACUGACUAAUGCUUGUUCCGUUGGGAGUAAAGAUAUAGCUGAGCUUUUGAUUAAAAAUGGAGCUGUCAUUGAUGAUGGAAGAAUAUGUAUGACAGCUCUCGGCAUUGCUUGUCAGCAGGCUGAUUUCGAAUUAGUUGAGUUACUAGUAAACUUUGGAGCGAGUGUUGAUUUUCUUUCCGAUGAUGCGACUCCGUUAUAUUGGGCAGUUAAAUCGAAAAAUUUGAAUUUUGUCAAGUAUUUUAUUGAUUAUGGAGUUAAAGAUAUUAAUGCUGGUCAUUGGGGUAAUACCCCAUUGUUCUUAGCAAUUGGAAAUCAAGACCUAAAUAUAGUUGAACUCUUACUUGAACACCGAGCUACAAUGGAAAAUAAUGGUCCUGUGGCUCUUGGAUUGGCUAUCAAGACUCGUAAUUUGAAAUUAGUUGAAUUAAUAUUACAUGCUGAGGGUUUAGAUAUAAAUGCUCCGGGUCUCGGUACUCAAACGCCAUUGGAAAUUGUGGUACAAGAUCAAAAUGUAGAACUGAUGAAGCUCUUACUUAAUUAUCGAGCUAAUAUUGAUUUUAUAACUAGACAAAGUAGGAAAUUUAUUUUUCAUGUUUUACACGUAGGAACUAUCGAAAUGCAGAAGAUAAUAUUAUCUGAAAAUAUUGACAUUAAUUGCAGAGAUAUUAAUGAUGAAACACUCUUAUUGACUGCUAUUAGAAAGAGAUCAUUUCGAAUAACUAAACUUAUACUUAUGAGAGAAGAUUUUGUCAAUAUUAAUGAUGUCGCCCAGGGCGAGUCUGCGCUUCAUGAGGCUGCUAAACAGGCACAUCCGUUGAUAUUGAAUCUUUUAUUAAAUGCUGGAGCUGAUAUUAAUCUUGUAAAUAAAGCCGAUCAAACGGCUAUAAGUACAACCAAUAUUGAGAGAAUUAAAAAAAUUAUUAGGGAACACAUGGUAAAAUUGAAGGCCGCUGGUUGGUCUAUAAUUAAUCAAAAUAGAAAGGCAAUCAAGCACACAAAAGGAUUGUACGAUUUUUAUAUUGAAUGUUUAAAAGAAGUCGAAUUAAUGAAAAAUUUGAAAAUUGACAAAACUAUCAUGAGUUAUUAUGAUGUUAUGCAUAUGAAACAACAUGAAAUGGCAGUUAAAUUAAAUAAUUUUAACGAUGAAACUUUAAAUGAACAAGAGUUGCAGUUACAAUUUCCUUUGUAUGGUCAGAUAAUUUACUAUCGUUUAGUUAAAAGCUUACAAAGAAAGAAAUUGUUAAACACAAGCACUAAUGUAUUUGGUACAUUACUUUCUGGUCAACUACCGUUCGAUAUUAUAAGAGCAAUUAAUCCUUAUUUAAAUAAUAGAGAUCUUAAAGUUUUAUCUCUGUGCUAA